CACUAUUAGAAUAUAGUAUGAACGGCCCAUCCAGCCGUUUACAAAUUGCUACGAACAGGUCGCGUCAUUUCUUUACCAACCUAAGCUAAAGCUGAAGUCCUCGACAUGAGCGCUGAAUUGUGUUGGUCAGUACUUCGCAAGAACUCUUGUUUUCUUGUUAAAAGUCAGGGGUUGACGUUAACUAAGGAACCACACAAUCUUACUGGUUUAAACAGCUUUAAAUACAAUGGACUCGUAAACAAAAAGACAGUUGGUGUUACUUCUAAUGGUGGGAAAGGUGUUGUUCUUACCAUUCGAAAAAAAAAGUUGCGAGGUCAAAAGCAUUAUGAUAGUUCAAUUCUGUUAAAGGGAAGUCGUCAUACAAUGAAAUCCAUUAAAAAUAAAUUGUCAUCUAACAGCUAUCGAAAAGAUUUAAUUCAACCUGCCAUGCGACGUGCUUGUGCAAUUCUGAGAAGUCAAAAAACUACAGUUAUGAAAAAAAGCCGAUCUAGAAGAAAGAAGAACUAAAUAUUUACAAAUAUGAGAUUUUUUCUCACUUA